AUGUCUGACAAGCUGACACGUUCCCUGAUAGUAUCGCCAUUGUCAACAGCGACAAGGUUAGUUCGAGCCCGUCAAAGAUUUUCUGCAGUCUCCCCCCCGCCUCUUCGUGCCCCGCCGUACCGACUGACCGCCCCUCAGUGUCGCCCUCGCAAGUGUCGUCAAGAGUGCAAAAAGUCUUGCCCUGUUGUUCGCAGUGGUAAGCUUUGUAUCGAAGUCACUCCCGAGUCUCGCCUCGCAUUCAUCUCCGAGAGUCUUUGUAUCGGUUGCGGUAUCUGCCCGAAAAAGUGCCCCUUCGAUGCCAUUACCAUCAUCAACCUGCCCACGAACCUCGAGAACCAGGUCACUCAUCGAUAUGGCCCCAACAGCUUCAAACUCCACCGGCUUCCUAUGCCGCGCCCUGGCCAGGUUCUUGGUCUCGUGGGAACCAACGGUAUUGGCAAGAGUACUGCGUUGAAGAUUCUCAGCGGCAAGCUGAAGCCAAAUCUGGGCCGGUUCGAUAACCCCCCUGACUGGGAGGAUGUUAUCAAGCACUUUCGUGGUUCUGAACUGCAGAACUACUUUACCAAGCUGUUGGAAGAUGACCUCAAGGCCGUUGUCAAGCCUCAGUAUGUGGACCAGAUCCCCAAGGCUGUUCGCGGUCCAGAGAAGAGCGUCAAGGCUCUCAUUUCAAGCCGCUCCUCCCUCGGCAACAUGGAAGAAGUUGCCGAAAUCCUUGAACUCAACCACAUCAUGGAUCGUGACAUCACCCUCCUGUCUGGUGGUGAGCUUCAACGAUUCGCCAUUGGCACUGUCUGUGUGCAAAAGGCCGACGUAUACAUGUUUGACGAGCCCUCCUCGUAUCUCGAUGUCAAGCAGCGUCUGAGUGCCGCUCAGAUCAUUCGAUCUCUGCUCCGGGACGAUGACUAUGUCAUUGUCGUCGAACACGAUUUGUCCGUUCUCGAUUACUUGUCCGAUUACAUUUGCGUACUCUACGGCCAGCCCGCAGUCUACGGUGUCGUUACCCUACCUCACUCCGUCCGAGAAGGCAUCAACAUCUUUUUGGACGGCCACAUUCCCACCGAAAACUUGCGUUUCCGUGAUGAGUCCCUCACCUUCCGUCUUGCCGAGAGCGCUGACGACUACGUCAUUGACAAGUCCCGUGCGUUCAACUACCCCAAGAUGGAGAAGCAGCUUGGCAACUUCAAACUCAACAUUGACGCUGGCGAGUUCACUGAUUCGGAGAUUAUCGUCAUGAUGGGAGAGAACGGUACCGGCAAGACCACCUUCUGCCGCCUCCUGGCCGGUGCGCUCAAGCCCGACAGCAAGGCCUCUGUCCCCGAUAUGCGCAUCAGCAUGAAGCCCCAGACCAUCACUCCAAAGUUCGACGGCACCGUCCGCCAGCUCUUCUUCAAGAAGAUCAAGCAGGCCUUCCUGAACCCUCAGUUCCAGACCGAUGUCGUCAAGCCCCUCAAGCUCGAUGACUUCAUUGACCAGGAAGUCAAGAACCUGUCUGGUGGUGAAUUGCAGCGUGUCGCCAUCGUCCUGUCGCUCGGCAUGCCCGCAGACAUCUACCUCAUCGACGAGCCCUCCGCCUACCUCGACUCCGAGCAGCGCAUCAUUGCUUCUCGCGUCAUCAAGCGCUUCAUCAUGCACUCCAAGAAGACUGCCUUCAUCGUCGAGCACGAUUUCAUCAUGGCUACUUACCUUGCUGAUCGCGUCAUCGUCUUUGACGGCAAGCCCGGAAUCGACGCCCACGCCAACCGUCCCGAGUCCCUACUCACCGGCUGCAACAGCUUCCUGAAAAACCUGGACGUGACUUUCCGUCGCGACCCCACCAACUACCGCCCUCGUAUCAACAAGCUCGGGUCGCAUUCUUCUUGGAGGAAACCCCCGACAAGAGCUCCUGAAAAGGGCAACAAGAACAACCAGUUUUUCCACGAAGCAUUCCCCGGCGUUAGAGGCGUUCAAAAGACAGCUUCCUCUGUGGAGCGCAGCGGUGGGCACGGUCUAGAUAUGACGCCGCUAGAGAGCAGCGCCAGCGAGGACGACGAACCAGACGAGUAA